AUGGCCAGACUCAUUGAUGAUGCCGACUACGAUGUCGGCGAAACAUCCGCGGAUAUACUAAAUCCAGGUUCCGAUGCUGGGAAUCCUCCAAAGUCCACCCGGUUUGUUAAAGUCAAGACAUCCGUAACUAUCUCAGACACCGACUCCAGUUCCAAAUUGUCGUCAAAAGGCUCGAAUCAGCCAGUGAUCACUGUGCGCGCUCAUACAACCAAUACUGCAAAAAGUGGCAUCCCUGCCGACGGAUACAUCCCAAAUGUGCUGAAAAUUUCGACAGAGUUGAAUAAACCCCAUCUGGCUGACGAAAACAUGGAGGAGACGGAAACACAAUCAGCAACUUUGCAGGAAUCAGAGGAAGACCAACAAGAAAAUGCAAAAGAAUUCCAAGAAGUGUCAGAAGAGACAAAACAACAACUACAGCGAACACAAUCUGAAGCUGCCUUGAUGUACGGCAACAUGGCCAUGACUAAGGACUGCAUCACAGUGUUAAGCUUGCAGAAGACGCCUGCACUCGGUGGAAAGAUCGAAGAAAAAAAACCUGUUAAAUUAGACAUAACUUGGGCUAUUAUGCCAGAAUAUGAAGAGGAGAAUGAUGAAAAAAUGCAGGUACGAGUAGUAAGCAUGUCUGAAAAAGAGAGUAUGAUGCUUAAUCUUUCACAAAUUCCUUGUUAA